GUCACAAGCAAGAAGAUGAUGUUAACAGUGUUUACUGUGGUUCUUGCGUCUGCCUUGCUGAAUACUGUUCAAUCUUACGAUGAAUCUCGCGCACACGAAGCAGCCCCUGCCGAUUCCGCCAGCAAUAACGAUCGGUCAGGUCUAGCUUUGGCUAGUGCCCAGUCCUCAUCCAUGUCGUCCAUGUCUUCAGCCAGUGCUUCGUCUGGUAAUCUCGGGCCUACCUACAGGGGGUACCCAGGGCAAAUUAUUAACGGAGUAGAAUGCUACGUGUGCAACGACUGUCCCCAAGUGUUGCUAAAUACAACCACGAAGGUCUGCCCACCGACUAUUGAUAGUGUGAAGCAGAGGAGCUGUGUCGUUUACGUAGAAAAAUUUAAAUAUAUGAAACGCCCAUGGUUCAUCCGCGGUUGUGCUUCCGAACGCGGUUCCUGUGCUGACAUAAAAGACUCGCAUAGCUUGCAUAAAGAUAUAGUCGACUUGAUUUCCUGCGACGAAUGUAUUGGAGACAGGUGUAAUACUAGCAAUGCUCCAAGAUCGCUUGCCAAUUUAACUAUCGCCUUCUUCGUGUUAGUAAUUACGCCGCUCACCGGGAAGUUGACGAUGUCAUAAGACUUGGAGAAUUUUAAGAAUUUUAAUUUUUGAGAAGACAAUCUAAGCCUCGUCUAUUGUCAAUUGGUGUCAGUCUAUGAAUUAUUACUUGCUACCAAAUUUUUCAUAUAAAAAUUGUUUAACAUGUGUAUCUACAGGAUCAAUCUAUAAUUAUGGAAUCACCGGUAAGAAGAUUAUUUGAUUUUACCUAACGAGCAAGUAGGUAAGUUAAAAGUACAAGAAAAUUGUAUUUUUAAGAAUUAUUUGUCAAAUCGCUGUAGGGACCAAUUCAAAGCUUUAAAAUUACA